AUGACCUCUCAAACUUUACAAAUGAGUGAUUGGUCAACAACAGAAACUUAUCCAUCUCAUCAUCAAGAUUUGUCAAAAGGAACAAAUGAGAAUAAAAUCGUUCCGAAUGAUGCUUGGGUUGCUGAUGUUAAUCAACAUCAUUCAAAUGAUCAGAGCAACAGAGGAUGGAUAUUAUCAAGCAAACUAUCAGAAUGUUACACAUCAUUAUCACCAUACUUAUAUGGUCUAUUAUUAGGUGUAGUCGUUGCUGGUUUAAUAUUGGCUGUUAUAACUGCACUUUGGUUAACAUCAUCUCAGAACACAUUGACAACAACGGUUACUACUACAACUACUACGACAGCCACUACCUCGACCGCUACCUCAACUUCAACUACAACGUCCUUGGGACUCUGUGAUUCAACUUGCAUUACAACUUCAAUCUCUAACACAUCACGUAUUGCUUUCUACACAUUUGAUUCGGUUCUUACUGAUUCGAGUGGUUCUUCUAAUACUCUAAGUGGUACCUAUCAAUCAUUUGUUACUGGUUAUGUAAACAAUGCCGCUAGUUUCGUUUACGCCGAUUCACAACGUCUAUAUUCCAGUCAAAUAAUGAAUUUUUAUCAACAAUCAUGGACAAUAGAAUUUUGGUUUCUGAUGACAGCAAGUACAACAUCUGAUUCGUGCUUCUUUGGACAAUCAGUUUCGAUUAGUAAUGGUAUGGAAUUAUUUUUACAAACAAAAAAUAAUGUAUUAUACUUCGGUUUCUUUGGUGAUGACACGAGUGGUACGACGACUAUUGCAACAAAUACAUGGUAUCAUGUUGCAUGGGUAGUUGAUUAUACGAAUCGAAUUAGACAAAUUUAUAUGAAUGGGUGA